AUGACCAUCAAUGCAUCGCAAAGGAUCUGCUAUCAUUCAGAAUAUCUCGUAGAAUUCAAAAAAAAAAUUCCAAAAAAAAUAUUUCAAGAACUCGAACCCACAUGUCCCCGAUCAGCACACAUCCAGCUUAACCAGUACACCAAAGGCGCAUAUGAGCGGCCGGCGCAUUGUUUUCUUAUAACACCGCCACGCGCGCGCUUUUAG